ACUGCGGACAUAGUAUAGGGGAUGACCAGAGACUGCGGAUAGUACAGGGGAUGACCAGAGACUGCGGACAUAGUAUAGGGGAUGACCAGAGACUGCGGACAACAGUACAGGAGAUGACCAGAGACUGCAGACAGUACAGGGGAUGACCAAGAGACUGCGGAUAGUACAGGGGAUGACCAAGAGACUGCGGACAGUACAGGGGAUGACCAAGAGACUGCGGACAGUGCAGGGGAUGACCAGAGACUGCGGACAGUACAGGAGAUUACCAGAGACUGCAGACAGUACA